AUGUCAUCGCCAAAGACAGACCGCAACACCCCGCCCGGUAUCAAGGACCAAAAACGGCGCACAAUUGUCAACAAAAACACAGGAGAAACAAUCACGUGGACAACAUAUGGAUAUGAAACCGGAGGAAAAGAAGCCAAUGCCGUCCUCGUGUGCAAACCAGGGGGCGGUCCGCCACUGCACUACCACACCAGCUAUGCCGAGCGGUUCCAAGCGGUGGAGGGCGAUCUGGGCGUGAUUCUGGGCAACAGAGAACCGUUCCAUUUGGAGCCGGGUGAAUCAGCCGAUAUUCCCAUUGGCACAAGCCACCGAUUCUUCAAUGAUGGAGACAAGGAUAUCACCUUCAAGGGGUUUGUACUGCCCGCGCACGCAGGUUUUGAAAGGAGCUUGUACAUCCUCUUUGGCCUGAACGAUGAUGGGCUGGCGGAUCCGAAAACGGGCAUGCCACACAGUAUCUUGCAUACAGCUCUGAUUGGGGAGAUGAGUGAUAUGAGGUUUCCGGGCUUCCAGGGAGGAUUGAUGAAUUAUGUCGGCAAGAUUCUGGCAAUGUAUGCGAGAUGGACUGGCGUGGAGGAAGAGUUGCUGAGGAAGUACUGGGAUUGA